AUGACUGUCGGUGCUCAAGAUGAAAGUGCUCCUCUGCUUCCCGGCAAGAUAACUUGGUAUAAUUGGCGCUUUCUGGACCGGCUGGAGAAGGUUUACAAGAGGAAUACUGGCUUCCUCCUCAUCGCCGCCGCCCAACUUGGCUUUUCCGCCUCCGAUGUUUGCGUACAGGAAUUGAACAGGCUUGAUCACCCAGUUCCGACACUCCAGCUGAUCGUUCUUCGUAUGACUAUAACUUACGUGUGUUGCCUAAUGACCAUGUUAUGGGCAGGCAUUCCAGAGCCUUUUCGAGGACCAGAGGGCACUCGUACUAUGCUUGUAUUUCGCGGACUUUGCGGCUUCGUAGGUAUCCUUGGCGUGUAUUACUCACUCAAAUAUCUAUCUCUCUCGGAAGCCACUGUCCUCACUUUCUUAACACCCUUUACAACAACCAUAUCAAGCGCAAUUUUCCUUGGAGAGACCGUGACCGUAGGAUACUUGGUGGCAGGCUUACUCAACAUUUUCGGUGUCAUUUGUAUCGCGCAACCUGUACUUCUGUUUGGAAAGUCGCCAGCGGAAGGGACCGAAGAUCCGGAAUUCCGUUUACUGGCAGUAGGCAUGUCUUUACUAGGCGUUAUGGGGAGUACAGGCGCUUUCACAGCAAUCCGUGCCAUCGGCUUUCGUGCACACGCGCUCCACUCUUCAGCUUCGUACUCGCUGCAAUGUGUCAUAGCUGCGAGCAUCGGAAUGGUCGUAACCGGUACCCCAAUCGUUAUCCCUACACAGUUGAAGUGGGGUAUAUUGUUUGCGAUCCUCGUUUUAACUGGCUUUGUCGGACAGGUGUUCCUUGUGAUGGGUUUCCAGCGUGAAACGGCAGGGAGGGGAACGACAGCUCUGUACACUCAAAUUGUGUUCGCAACGAUUAUCGAACGCAUUUUCUUCGACUACACUCCGAACACGUGGUCGGCCAUUGGGAUUACUGUUAUUAUGUUGGCGGCAAUCUAUGUUGCGGUGCGUGUUAUCGAAAUUUCACACUGUUGUUGUACUACUAACACCUCGGCAGAUGUCGAAGCGUCAGGAGAAUCCUAA